UAUUCGGUGUUACUGAAAAUAACAAGUUUUCCCUCCCCUUGCAUUCAUGCUCCUCCACACCACUGAUGUCAACAAUGUCGAGCUGUCAGUGGUGAGGCGCGUCGUAGCUUCAAGGGUGUGCGCGCUCUCGACACAGCAGGAAAUAUGGCGGCGCUCAUGACUCUCACCCAGUUAUCGAGUGGAAACCCAGUUUACGAAGUCUACUACAGACAGGUGGAUCUGGGAGACACUGGGACAGUAGGAGCUGCAGAUGCUGCUCAGUUCCUGAAGAAAUCAGGCCUUUCAGACAGUACCUUAGGAAAAAUCUGGGAUUUGGCCGAUCCAGAUAGGAAGGGCUUCUUGGACAAACGGGGUUUCUUUAUAGCGUUGAGGUUGGUGGCCUCAGCUCAGGGCGGCAACGACAUCAGUCUCAACAACCUCAAUCAGACUCUAGCAGCACCCAAGUUUAGAGACACAAAUACUCCGUUGCUCAGCACAUCGCUGAGUACACCUUCAUCUGAUUCCCACUGGGCUGUAAGGUCUGAUGAAAAAAGGAAGUUUGAUGGCAUCUUUGAAAGUCUUCUACCAGUCAACGGUCUUUUGUCUGGAGACCAAGUCAAACCUGUCCUGAUCAACUCCAAACUACCCAUGGAUGUGUUAGGAAGGAUUUGGGACCUCGGUGACGUGGAUAAAGAUGGACACUUGGACAGAGAGGAGUUUUCAGUGGCCAUGCACCUGGUGUACAGGGCUAUGGAGAAGGAGCCUGUCCCUUCCGUCCUACCCUCCUCCCUCAUCCCUCCAUCCAAGAGGAAGAAGUCUGCGGGGGCUCUGCCUGGCGCCGUCUCCGUCCUGCCUCCCUUGUCUGCCCUCUCAGGCCUGUCUGGUCUGUCUCGGACAGCCAGCUCUCCUCCCCUGCCCGGCGCUGUAGCGGCUCUGCCUGGCUUGUCUGGUCUGUCUCGGACAGCAAACUCUCCUCCUCUCAAAGACACCCUAAACUCCACUCCAUCUCACAGAAGCAUCACCUCCAUCAACAGCGCUGGCAGUCUCUCUCCUAAACCUUCGUUCAAAGCCCCCUCACAGUCACCUGCAGUAGUGAACUGGGUGGUCCCGGUGGCAGACAGAGGACGUUAUAAUGACAUCUUCCUGAAGACGGACACAGACAUGGACGGUCUUGUCACCGGAGGGGAAGUCAUGGAGAUCUUCAUGCUGUCCAACCUUUCUAAGACCAUGCUGGCACAGAUCUGGGGUCUGGCUGACACCAAGCAGACAGGAAAGCUGUCCAGAGAGCAGUUCUCUUUGGCCAUGUGGCUGAUCCACCAGAAAGUCAUCAACGGAUUGGACCCUCCCCAGACCCUCACAACUGAAAUGAUACCCCCCUCUGAGAGGUCCACCACCUCUGUUCUUGACAGCAGCAGUUCUACAGAGUCAGCUGACCUGACAGGCAUCAAAGAGCUGGAUGACAUCAGUCAGGAAAUCGCCCAGCUGCAGAGAGAGAAGUAUACUCUGGAGCAGGACAUCAGGGACAAAGAGGAAGCCAUCAGACAGAAGAACAAGGAAAUUCAGGAGAUGCUGGAGGACCUGGACCAGGAGAGCGGUGGUCUGCAGGACCUGGAGGCCCAGAAGCAGGAUGCUCAGCAGCAGCUGGAGGAGAUGGACCAGCAGAGGAACAAGCUGGAGGGCAUGCUGAAAGACGUCCACCUGAAGUGUCAGGAUCAGUCCACGCUGAUCUCAUCCUUACAGACCCAGAUCCACAGUCAGGAGUCUGACCUGCAGAGUCAGGAGAAUGAGCUGAGUCGUACCAAGUCUGACCUGAACAAACUGCAGUUGGAGGAGACGCAGCUAGAGCAGAACCUACUGACCGGACGCAUGCAGCUAGACUCCAUCAUCAAGUCACUCAAGGCCACCCAGGACGAGAUCAACCAGGCUCGUAGUAAGCUUUCUCAGAUCCAGGACAGUCAACAGGAGGUGACUAAGACUAUAGAGCAAUACAACAACGCUCUGAACGGAACCCACAGCCAGACUCAUGCUGGCAGCAUGACCAACCUGGCAGACAUGAGCGAAGUAGGAUUCUCAGUGAGGGAGAACGGAGAAUUUGGCGCCAGGAAUCAGGAGGACUCUUUCAAAUCGAGGAUAGCCAUGUUCAGCAGCAACAAAUCAACACCAGAACCCCUUCCAGCAGCAGACCCCUUCCAGACAGAGGACCCCUUCAAAUCAGACCCCUUCAAAGAUCCAUUUGAAGCCGAUGAUCCUUUCAAAGAGAGUGAUCCAUUCAAGGGUGCUUCCUCAGACUUCUUCAAGAAAACGACCGAUGUGUUUGCCUCAGCAGAUCCCUUCAGUAGAAAACCUACUCCCCCCAUCAAGCCUGGUGGCAGUCUGUCGGGUAGCAGGAAUCUCUUAACCUCCCACAGCCCCCGGCCCAGCCCCAGCCCCAAGCCUACAGAUGGCUUCGGAACAGUGGACCCUUUCGGUGGCAAUGCUUUUGGAGGAAAGAGUGGAUUCGCAGACUUCAGUCAAAUGUCUAAAAAGAAACCAAUCAACCCUGUGCUACCACCUAAGAACACACCUAACAGGCCUGCGCCUCCUUAUGGACUGGAAAGUGUCAAGUCAGGAAGUGAGUCAGAGCAGCUGGCGUGGGUGAAGAGGGAGACUCCACCCACAGGAACAGGAGAGACUGAGGAGACUCCGCCCACAGGAACAGAAGGACCCGGACCUGUCCAUCGCCCUCAGCAAGGAUAAAAACUAAAAACCCUAUUAGACUCAUGACAAUAACCACAGUCCUGUUAGACACUCACAACGACACACACCUCCUGACCACAGUCCUGUUAGACACGACACACACCUCCUGACCACAGUCCUGUUAGACACAACGACACACACCUCCUGACCACAGUCCUGAUACAAGCUGAAUAAAACAAUGCAACUGACUGAUAUCAUGCAGUACAACACAACAAACAGCUUCACCACGAGCAACAGUUCCUCAACAGCCCAAAUACUACCGUCUGACUAGAGCCUGAGGACAGUGUUUCUUCGGACUAGACUACAACGCUUGUACACCCCCAAUAUAAACCAGAGUACACCCUGACAACAACUACAACUUCACCCUGACAACAACUACAACUUCACCCUGACAACAACUACAACUUCACCCUGACAACAACUACAACUUCACCCUGACAACAACUACAACUUCACCCUGACAA